CCCCCGUUGGUUUGGCUGCUUUUCUCCCGACGCGACGCCCGCUCCCUCACGAUUUCCGCCCCCUUGUCUGUUCUCAGCAUUUCCGCUCCCCUUCUCGUGUUUUCAAACUCCCACCACGAGACGAGCGAACCUUCCACUUGUAAUCCAGCCGACCGUACCCGCUGCCGUCGCGCGCCGGCAUUUGCCCCUGCCCGGCGCCAGCUCGAUAGCUCUGCUGCUUCCUCGCCAUCUCCGACUCCGCGGCGAGCCGCGCGCCCGUCGGCUAGCGGAGGCGGGAGGGCGGCGGUACCGGUGAAGUGUCGUCCGGAGGAGGAGGAGGAGGAGGAGCGGGAUGGGGUUCUGGGUAGGGCUGGUGUUGGGGGUUGCGGCGGGCCUCGCCCUCAUCGUCGGCUUCGUCCGCUGCGAGAAUUCUCGCUCCGCCCGUCGGCGACAACUGGCUGCUACCGUUGCUAGUUUCUCAAGAAUGACGAUUGAAGAUUCACGAAAGUUACUCCCUGCUGACCUAUACCCUUCUUGGGUUGUUUUCUCAUCGCAGCAAAAGUUAAAAUGGCUUAAUCAGGAGCUGACAAAGAUUUGGCCAUUUGUAAAUGAUGCGGCGUCAGAACUGAUCAAAACCUCUGUAGAGCCUGUUCUUGAACAAUAUAGGCCAAUAAUCAUUGCGUCCCUGAAGUUCUCAAAACUCACUCUUGGUACUGUUGCACCACAGUUUACCGGUAUUUCGAUCAUUGAGAAUACUAAGGAAUCAGGUAUUGUCAUGGAGCUAGAGAUGAAUUGGGAUGCCAAUCCAAGUAUCAUACUUGCUGUAAAAACUAGACUUGGUGUCGCGCUUCCAAUACAGGUGAAGGACAUUGGCUUUACAGGAGUUUUCCGCUUAAUUUUCAAACCACUAAUUGAAGAGCUACCUUGCUUUGGAGCUGUUUGCUUUUCUCUACGACAGAAGAAAAAGCUGGAUUUCCGACUGAAGGUCAUUGGCGGCGAAAUUUCUGCUGUACCUGGAAUUUCAGAUGCUCUUGAGGACACUAUAAAAAAUGCUAUUGAGGACUCAAUAACAUGGCCAGUAAGGAAAGUCAUUCCUAUUAUACCUGGGGACUACAGUGAUCUGGAACUGAAGCCUGUUGGUACCUUGGAGGUCAAGCUUGUGCAGGCAAGAGAUUUGACAAACAAAGAUCUGAUAGGAAAAUCGGAUCCUUUUGCCAUUGUAUAUGUGCGACCAUUACCAGACAAAAUGAAGAGAAGUAAAACAAUUAACAACGAUCUGAACCCUAUCUGGAAUGAACACUUUGAGUUUACUGUUGAAGAUGCUGAUACUCAGAGUGUAACCGUGAAGAUUUAUGAUGAUGAUGGCAUUCAAGAAUCUGAAUUGAUUGGCUGUGCUCAAGUCAGGCUGAAGGAUCUACAGCCAGGCAAAGUGAAGGAUGUCUGGUUAAAACUUGUAAAAGAUCUGGAGAUUCAAAGGGACAGGAAAGAUCGGGGUCAGGUGCACCUUGAGCUGCUAUACUGUCCAUUUGACAUGAAGGAUGAGGCUCCAAACCCUUUCAGCCAACAUUUUUCGAUGACUUCAUUGGAGAGAACAUUGACAAACAUGGAAAAUGGAUCGGGGGGCUCUAGUUUUGAUAGGCUGUCUUCAAGAAAGAAAAGGGAAAUUAUCAUACGAGGAGUUCUUUCAGUAACAGUGAUAUCUGGGGAGGAUCUGCCUGCGAUGGAUAUGAAUGGAAAAUCUGACCCAUAUGUCAUACUUUCUCUCAAGAAGACAAAGACAAAGUACAAGACAAGGGUUGUGACCGAAAGCUUGAACCCAGUAUGGAAUCAAACUUUUGAUUUUGUCGUUGAAGAUGGCUUACAUGACAUGCUUAUGUUGGAAGUAUAUGAUCAUGACACUUUCCGUAGAGAUUACAUGGGGCGGUGCAUCCUGACCUUGACAAAAGUUUUGCUGGAGGAAGAGUACAAGGAAAGCUUCAACCUGGAGGGAGCGAAGAGCGGGAAGCUGAACUUGCAUCUGAAGUGGUCGCCACAGCCAAUCAUGCGUGAUUCGCGUGAAGCGGGCAGCUUAAGGUCAAGAUAAGGCCAGUAAGUGCGCACGCAUUGGUGUACGUGUAAUUUUUUUUGGCUGGGUGUCUCGGCCUCGAGACCUGCUUGGUCGAGGGUUUGUAAAUUUUGAGGUGCAUUCUUUUUGAAAUUCAACGCGUAUGCGGGGACGGUCCACCAAAAUUUUAUUCCGACCAAGGACUCCAGUUACGUGAGCUAGCAGAAGUAUUCAGGUGCAAAAUGACCCGUUGCACAUGUACAUGAGGCUGUUAUAUUUCGAUCGGUUAAGCUCGAGGUAUGUUAAUGUAGUCGGCGCAUCGCAAUGGUUUGUCUGUAUACUCCUUGUAAUAUUUAAAGUAUGGAAAAAAAAUGUGUAGAUCAGAAAGCUA